AGGUCGCACGCUGCCGAAACGUCGCACCAGACGCCGUCCCACAGCGUCAGCUCGUCAACUAGGCGCUCCAUGUUUCUUGGGAACUUCUUUGGCUCUACCCUUAAUCCAAUGUCGGAGAAGCCCGUCAGAUCUGUGUCGCAUGCUUGGACGAGGCCAAGCCAGUCCACAAAACGGCGAAGCUCAAGUGCGGGCACCGCAUGUGCCACUCGUGCAUUCGCCGAAGUUUUAAACUCUCCCUCCACGAUCCGCAAAGCAUGCCGCCCAAGUGCUGUACCAGCCACAUUCCAAUAAAUGUGGUGGAGCGAUUGUUUGACACCAACUUCAAGAGGCAAUGGAACAACAAACUUGCCGAAUACUCGACCAGAAACCGGAUAUACUGUCCUUCUCGGCGCUGCGACGAGUGGAUUCGGCCCGAGGACAUCCGCCGCGAAGACGGCCGCAAGUAUGCAAAAUGUAGCCGGUGUAAGACCAAGGUCUGCUGCCAUUGCGGUAACAAGUGGCACUCGUCGAGGGAAUGCCCCAGGGACGAAGAUACCAGUCAGCUUCUCGAGCAGGCCAAGCGUGAAGGCUGGCAGCGCUGCCACCGAUGCAAGUACGUUGUUGAGCUCAAAGAGGGCUGUAAUCAUAUGACAUGUCGCUGCGGCGCCGAGUUCUGCAUGAUAUGUGGGACGAAGUGGAAGAGAUGUGAAUGCCCCUGGUUCAACUUCGAUACCCAGGAAAGCGAUCCGCUCGACCACAUGCAAGUUCCCAUGACGCCGCGGUCGAACCCCUUCGCGUCUGGGACCCGAUUUCCUCCUACGGGUAGUGGGCCACCAUCGCCCCGGGAAUUUCGCACCGACAGCGGGCCGCCGCCACCACACGCAGUCCGCCCACGGCCUGUAAAUUACGAGGAAGAGAUGUUGCUGCGUCGGCUACAGGAACAGCGAGACGAGAAGGUUGCCCGCAGGGCCAGAACAUUCGGUGGCUUUAGCGGUCACGAAGAGCCCGAGGACUACUCUCGAGGCAGGGACUACAGCAGACAUAGAGGUGACGCUAUGGACCGGGAAGUCCACCCCGGUCGGUCCGUAGCAGAGGAAUACCAUCGCCGCCCGGAGACAGUCAUUGUCCCAUCGCCGCCCCUGACGCAUCAGCCGACGGCACCACCGGCGCCGCAUUCUACCUUCGAUCGAUCGAAUUCUGGGCUCGACUAUGUUUCAGGGGUGAGCCGCGCGCGAGGGAUGCGCUAUGUCUCCCCUGAAAGGCGAUAUGCUUCUCCAGAAAGGUAUCAUGCCUCUUCGCCCGAAAGACGGCAGCCUCAUACACCCGACAUUUGGCAGAGUCAGUCACGCAACCCGUCACGCAAUGCUUCGCGCCCCCCGUCAGCAGAAAGGCGACCACCUCUCGCAGCUGAGACGUGGCCGGCUCCGUCAAUAGAGAGACGACGGUAUGCGUCACCUGAAAGAAGUCGGCCACCGUCAGCCGAGAAACGGCGAGCCCCCGAGAGGCCACGAACUUCGUCGCUUGAGAGGCGCCUUGCGGGCCGGUUUGGCAAUACGGAUAGCAGGCAGACGGCAGCCACCACUGUUGGUCUGAUGGGUCCCGUGGCUUCUAUGAGCCACGUUGGGAUAAUGGGCCCCGUGGCUGUGAUGGAACCCAUGGGCGUCAUGAGUUCGACCAGAGCGCCUCCUCCACCUUCACGCGCCGCUACUCACCCGCUCGGACCUCCCUUGCCUCAGGCCCCCGCCCCUCCGCCUGCGGUGCCUAUGGUACCCACCUCGAGAAGGAAGCCAAUAGGGGAAGAAGAUGUCUAUGUCAGCAGCAGGCACGCAAGAUCUGCAGAAUGGCCUGUCACCCCUGGGCGGGCUCAUCAAGAGCCUGAAGGAACUAGCGGAUCGCCGCAUGCGCCGUCGGUGAAGAGACGGCCCCCUAAAGCCAACCGGGUUCACAAGCAGGACGGGCCUACCGCGUCGAUGCUCGCGGGAAUUUCAGGGCCGGGAAGAGGCCCGGACCGUGUCACAGAAUGGAGGUUAUAUGUUGAACCUGGCGAGCCCGAGGGGAAGGAGUCUCCUGCAGUAUCAUGAAAUUUUCAAACAGGCCCGGAUUUCCAUGAUUAAGAAGAUCGGUUUACUGUUGACUGGGCAGAGAAGAUAUACAGGACUAUGGUGUUACGAUGGGCUGAACUAGUCGGGUAAUUGUAUAUUUUUGUCUGUGAUGCUAUCUUGGGUGAGUCCUUUCA